GGAGGGGCGAGGCCGAGUCCCCAGCCGCAGGGGAGCGGCGCUGCCUCAGGGCCGAGGGUGGAGCUUUCCCGGUCGGGAAAGGGCUGGGCUGGCCUACAAGUGAGGGCAAGACUAAGUGUCGGCCGGCGAGCGGUUCCCAGAGAAGUCUGGGUGGAGACACUGCCAACCCAAUUCCGGGGAUCUCUCUCACUGACUCUGAGCCGAGGAUCGUCUGGUACCCGAUUCCCGGAACCCAGUCCCAGAUUUGAGAUCCUCAAGGACCUUGAAAGUCUGAGCUGAUUUCACCCUGGACUCCAGAUUUCCGAAACAGGGCAUCCGGCAAACCUCCGGACACCCAGAUCCCGUAGGAGAUUCUCGGAGCCCGACUGGAUUCCGGCUCCGAGCUCCCUGGAUUCACCGCGCCAGGCUCCCGCCCCGCCCUAGGUUCCUGGCUCCUGAGCGCCCCCGCAUGGCGGGGCUGUGCCCCGGGUCCGGGACCUUGGAGCGCGCCGGCAGCUGCUGGCAGGACCCGCUGGCUGAGGCGCUGAGCCGGGGACGGCCGAUCGCUGGGCCCCCGGGCCGGGGCUGCGCGCGGAGCCGGCCUCUCAGCGUGGUCUAUGUGCUGACCCGGGAGCCCCGGCCCGACUUGGAGCCUGGGGCCGGAACCGAGGCGGAACCAUUGCCCCUGCGCUGCCUGCGCGAGGCCUGUGCGCAGCUCUCCGGGCCGCGGCCGCCGCCACAGCUGCGCAGCCUGCCCUUUGGGACCCUGACGCUGGGUGACACCACCGCGCUGGAUUCCUUCUACAACGCGGAUGUGGUGGUGCUGGAGGUGAGCGGCUCCCUGGCACAGCCCUCCCUGUUCUACCACCUCGCCGUGCGUGAGAGCUUCAGCAUGACCAACAACGUGCUCCUCUGCUCCCAGGCCGACCUUCCAGACCUGCAGGCCCUGCGUGAGGAUAUUUUCCAGAAGAACUCGGAUUGUGCUGGCAGCUACACACUGAUCCCCUAUGUGGUGACGGCCACUGGUCGGGUGCUGUGUGGUGAUGUAGGCCUCCUGAGGGGCCUGGCUGAUGGGCUGGUACAGGCGGGGGUGGGCACCGAGGCCCUGCUCUCUCCCCUGGUGGGCCGGCUUGCCUGCCUGCUGGAGGCCACGCCCACGGACUCUUGUGGCUAUUUCCGGGAGACCAUUCGGCAGGCCAUCCGGCAGGCUCGGGAGAGGUUCAGUGGGCAGCGGCUUCGUCAGGAGCUGGCUCGCCUGCAGCGGAGACUGGACAGCGUGGAGCUGCUGAGCCCUGACAUCAUCAUGAACCUGCUGCUGUCCUACCGUGAUGUGCAGGACUACUCAGCCAUCAUUGAGCUGGUGGAGACACUGCAGGCCUUGCCCACCUGUGACGUGGCCGAGCAGCACAAUGUCUGCUUCCACUACACAUUUGCUCUCAACCGGAGGAACAGGCCUGGGGACCGGGAGAAAGCACUGGCUGUGCUGCUGCCACUGGUACAGCUUGAGGGCUCCGUGGCACCUGACCUAUACUGCAUGUGUGGCCGUAUCUACAAGGACAUGUUCUUUAGCUCUGGCUUCCAAGAUAGAGGGCACCUGGAGCAGGCUUAUCACUGGUACCGCAAGGCCUUCGACGUGGAGCCCAGCCUGCACUCUGGGAUCAAUGCAGCUGUGCUCCUCAUGGCAGCUGGGCAGCAAUUUGAGGACUCUGAGGAACUCCAGCUCAUAGGCAUGAAGCUGGGCUGCCUGCUGGCCCGAAAAGGCUGUGUGGAGAAGCUGCAGUAUUAUUGGGAUGUAGGUUUCUACCUGGGAGCCCAGAUCCUUGCCAAUGACCCUAUCCAGGUGGUGCUGGCUGCAGAGCAGCUGUACAAGCUCAAUGCCCCCAUAUGGUACCUGGUGUCAGUGAUGGAAACCUUCCUACUCUACCAGCACUUCAGGCCCACGCCAGAGCCCUCCGGAGGACCCCACCUUCGAGCUCACUUCUGGCUGCACUUCUUGUUGCAGUCCUGCAAGCCGCUUAAGACAGCAGCCUGUCCCCAGGAGAACCAGUGCUUGGUGCUGAUCCUGGAGAUGAACAAAGUGAUGCUGCCUGCGAGGCUUGAGGUUCAGGGUGCAAACCCAGUGAGAACCGUGACCUUAAACCUGCAGGAGCCGGAGACCCAGGAGGGGCCCUCCAGCUGGACCUUCCCCGUGCCCUCCAUCUGCGGAGUCAGCGCCUCCAAGCGCGACGAGCGCUGCUGCUUCCUCUAUGCGCUUCCUCCGGCCCAGGACGUGCAGCUGUGCUUCCCCAGCGUCGGGCACUGCCAGUGGUUCUGUGGCCUCAUCCAGGCCUCGGUGAAGAAUCCAGAGUCCACGGCGCCCGCGGAGGAGGCAGGGGGCGUAGGGGAGGUGCUGGAGUUUGAUUACGAAUACACUGAGAAUGGCGAGCGGCUGGUGCUGGGCAAGGGCACAUAUGGGGUGGUGUACGCAGCCCGCGAUCGGCACACGAGGGUGCGCAUCGCCAUCAAGGAGAUCCCGGAGCGGGACAGCAGAUUCUCUCAGCCCCUGCACGAAGAGAUUGCCCUUCACAAACGCUUGCACCACAAGAAUAUCGUGCGCUAUCUGGGCUCAGCUAGCCAGGGCGGCUACCUCAAGAUCUUCAUGGAGGAGGUGCCUGGAGGCAGCCUGUCUUCCUUGCUGCGGUCAGUGUGGGGACCCCUGAAGGACAACGAGAGUACUAUCACUUUCUACACCCGCCAGAUCCUGCAGGGACUCAGCUACCUACACGACAACUGCAUUGUGCACCGGGACAUCAAGGGGGACAAUGUACUGAUCAACACCUUCAGUGGGCUACUCAAGAUUUCUGACUUUGGCACCUCCAAGCGGCUAGCAGGCAUCACACCCUGCACUGAGACGUUUACAGGGACCCUGCAGUAUAUGGCCCCAGAAAUCAUUGACCAGGGCCCACGAGGGUAUGGGAAGGCAGCUGACAUCUGGUCAUUGGGCUGCACUGUAAUUGAGAUGGCCACAGGUCGCCCACCCUUCCAUGAGCUAGGGAGCCCACAGGCUGCCAUGUUUCAGGUGGGGAUGUAUAAGGUGCAUCCACCAAUGCCCAACUCUCUGUCUGCUGAGGCCCAAGCCUUCCUCCUCCGAACUUUUGAGCCAGACCCCCGCCUCCGAGCCAAUGCCCAAGCAUUGCUGGAGGACCCCUUCCUGCAGCCUGGAAAGAGAAGCCGCAGCCCCAGCUCUCCUCGUCAGGCUCCUCAGUCCUCAGAUGCCCCUUCGGCUGGUCCCACUCACUCAGCUGACAUGACCACCCAGUCCCAGACAUUCCCUAGGCCUCAGGCACCCUCUCAGCAGCCACCCAGCCCUCCGAAGCGCUGCCUCAGUUAUGGGGACACCAGCCUGCUCCGGGUGCCCGAGGAGGGCGGAGUCGAGGAGCCAGCGUCCCUGGAGGAGAGUUCAGGGCUAAGCCUGCUGCACCAGGAGAGCAAGCGUCGGGCCAUGCUCGCGGAGGUGCUGCAGCAGGAGCUGCCCACGCUGGCGGAAAAUCUGCUCCUGGAGCGGGAGCAGGGUACCCGGCUAAACAGGACUCAUGUGGAACAGCUGCUGCGCUGCCUCGGUGCGCACAUCCACACCCCCAAUCGCCGGCAGCUGGCCCAGGAACUGCGGGUGCUGCAAGCACAGCUGCAGGCCCAGGGCCUUGGGCCUACACUUCUGAGUGGACCACUCUUCGCCUUCCCAGAUGCGGUGAAGCAGAUCCUCCGCCGGCGCCAGAUCCGCCCACACUGGAUGUUCGUGUUGGACUCGCUGCUCAGCCGCGCCGUCCGGGCAGCCCUGGCUGUGCUAGAUCCGGAGGUAGAGAAGAAGAUGGUCUCACCAAGGUCAGAGGAGCUGAGCAAAGACUGGGAGUCCCAGCAGAAGCAGCAGGAGACCUCGCUCCUGACAGAACCCGAGCAGAGCCCCCCCCUUACAGUGCAGCUGGGCCUCUUGCGGGCUGAGACUGACCGGCUUAGGGAUGUCCUGGAGGAGAAGGAACGGGAGUGCCAGGCCUUGGUGCACCGGGCACUACAGCGGGUGAAUGAGGAGGUCCAGACUUAUGCCCUGGCCUCAGAGCCUCUGGCAUGUCUUCCAAAGGACCAGAGCCUAGUGCAGUGGCUACAGGACCUAAGUGUGGAUUCAGGGACCAUCCAAACGCUGCUGAACCACAGCUUCACCCUCCAAUCCCUGCUCACCUGUGCCACUCGAGAUGACCUCCUCUACACCCGAAUCAGGACCACCAGUGUCCCCUGGGGACAGAGGUGGCACUGGGCAGACAGUGGGUCCCAGAGAGCUGAGGCUUUCUUCUGGCUGAGCCACACUGAGCCCAUUGCCCCCAGGGGAGGGAUGGUGUGCCGCAUCUGGAGAGCCAUCUUGGCAAAGCGAGCAGGAUCCAUAUCAGGAACCCCUGGACCCCGAGAGGCUGAAUGAGGGCACCAGAGCCAGGACAGGCACAGAUGGAUGGAUAAAUAGAGAAGAUAUGAAGCAGCUUCUGACACACCUGUCCCAGGACCCACAGGCAACUGCAGGAGGCUGGGGUCAGAGUAGGGCCCAGGCCCAGCCCCAGUGUGGAGAACCACCUACAGAGGCACCCAAGAGCACCAAACAUGACCAAAGACUAUUGAACAGUACCCUUGUCUCAGCCCUUUUGGAGGGGGGUGUGUGGUGUCCUGGGAGUGGCCCGGCCCCUUGAGGUCUUUGUUUCUAUGCCUGAGCUUCCUUAAUCUGGUCCCUUUCCCUUCCCACCAUUUUCCUCCUUGAAUUUUACCUCCCUGUGCAACAUUUCCAGCAGACAGCAGCCCCUUGCUGAUCUCAGAAGAAACUUUAUUGACUUUAGCCGAGGGCAGGCCCAGGGAUGGGGGCCCUGAGAGAGGGGCUGCAUAUAGGGCUAAGCCCUGGGGACCAGGUUGGUUCUGAGGGGUAGAAGGCCAUCCACCCACUCACAUGGCCGCUCCAGAAGUGUCUGCCAGAGCCGUUUCUCCUCAGGUGUGGAGUCCAUCCAGGGCACCUGGAGCCCGUAGCUGCUGCCUGGAUGUGGGUGGGCACAGGCGGAGGGCAUGGUCACACUGGACACAUUAGGUCCCAAGAGGCACCUGCCUGCUCCCAGAUUAUGCAUUGUGCCCAGUCACCCCCAGAUUGAUGGCAAGAGCUCAGAAAAGGGCAGAGAGGUACCCAAGGCCACACACUGAGCCCCUGCCUCCAGCUUGACCCCCUUCAGGGCCCCGCUCUGCUUACCAGUACCCAGGCUGAGGCGUGUGCCCCCCAGCUGGCGGCUGGCCAGGGCCUCAUGGUCCCAGAGAGAGAGCUCGGCACAGGCCUGGCGUAGAUCAGCAGGCCCAAAGCCAUCGUAAACCAUGGUGUGGUUGAACACCGGGCUGAAGCUGUGUCGAACCACCCUUGUGCGCUGGCGGCCAGCUCUGCUGUCAUCAGGCAGCACUGAGCUGUGGGAAAGGUGAGGUGGCAUCAGGUGACUUCCCCCCAGCCCCGAGAGCCAGUGGCCUAUCCUUUCUCCCUCACUUACGUCCAUGUUCCCUGGCUCAGGCCUUAGACCUGGCCUCUAGCCUCACUGCCCUGGGACUUUCACACGGUCUCCUCUGAGUCUCCUGCCUUUAAGUUUACAACUCCCAUUCCUAGGAUAGAGCCUAGAGCGAUGUUUCUGAAAUGUAAUUUUCUGCUACUCCCUGGUUCAGUGACCUUCAUGGAUUCCCUGUUGCCUCUAUACCCCAAUUAGUUUCCAAAGGUUUCAAAGUCUUUCUGCAAAAUAAAAUAUUGCUCAGAAGUACAAUAACUGAAAAAAAAAAA